ACGGACACAACAGUAGUUCAGGAUGGCUCUCAAUGUGCUCGGUCUGGCGGUGAUGGCAGUGUUCUACCUUUUAAUCUUGGGCACGGGCAUCUGGUCGGAGGAGAGAAAGUGCAAUGUAGAUGGAAUAGGGAUGACUCUAUUGGCCAGCUGUAACAUCAACUUACUCCUCGGCAUUUUCACUCUUACAGCUUCGUGGGUUGGUGGAGGCUUCAUCCUUGGUUUAGCUGAGGCAACAUACAACCCAACCCUGGGCGCAGUGUGGGCCCUCAUGCCUGUGGCUUAUGUACUGACCUUCUUCUUAGGUGGCUUUUUCUUUGCCAAGCCCAUGAGAGAGAAGAAGUAUGUGACAAUGAUGGACCACUUCCAGCAGAAGUAUGGCAACGUCCUGAGCGUUUUGCUAAUCAUUCCCGCACUAGUGGCUGAUGUCCUGUGGGUGGCACGCACACUCGUCAGUCUGGGGGGAACUAUGAGUGUGAUCCUGGAUCUGUCCUACGUCUACUCCAUCAUCAUCUCCUCAGUGGUGGCCAUAAUCUACACACUGCUGGGGGGGCUCUACUCUGUGGCUUCCAAAGACGUUAUCCAGCUCAUACUCGUCUUUGUCAGCCUGUGGGUGUGUGUUCCCUUCCUGUUGACCAACCCUCACUCUCUGGACAUCUCGCUGACAGCCUACAACCAGACCUUCCAGGCUCCCUGGGUCGGAACGGUGAAGCUCGACGAGGCCGGAAAGUGGAUUGACGACUUCAUGCUGCUGGCUCUGGGGGGCUUGGCCUACCAGGCGUUCUACCAAAGGAUCCUGUCAGCCUCAUCUUACACCCAGGCUCAAGUGACCUGCUAUGCCUCCUCCGCCUUCUGCCUGGUGCUGGGUAUACCCUCUGUGCUGGUGGGAGCUGUGGCUGCAUCUACAGACUGGAACGCAACCAGCUAUGGAUUGCCCACCCCAUAUGAGCGUGACCAGGCAGGCUCUAUCCUCCCUAUCGCCCUGCUGUACCUCAUGCCAGCCUACAUCUCUGUCAUCGGCAUUGGAGCUGUCGCUGCCGCUGUUAUGUCCUCCAUGGACUCAGCUCUUCUGUCCGCCUCAUUGUUGUCUUCAAAUAUUUACAAGAACAUCCUCAGGAAGCAGGCUUCAGACUGUGAGAUGCAGUGGGCGAUCCGUAUCUCAGUGGUGGUGGUGGGUAUGGCUGGCACCGCGCUUUCCUUCCUGGACAGCAGCGUCCUGGUCUUCUGGCUCGUGGGUGCUGAUAUGUCCUACACAAUCAUGUUCCCUCAGCUAGUCUGCAUCCUCUUCUGCAAGGUGUCUAACGGUUAUGGUGCCAGCGUGGGCUACAUGAUUGCAGUAUUCAUAAGGAUCUUGAGCGGCGAGCCCCUCAUAGGCCUGCCACCCGCAAUCAGGUUCCCCGGCUGUCGGCUGGAUGCCAAAGGAGUCUUAACCCAGUACUUUCCCUUCCGCACUACCAUCAUGGUCAUGUCACUUGUGUCCAUUCUGCUGUUCUCCUGGUUGGGGUCCAUCGUUUUCAACAAGGACCUGCUUUCCGAGAAGUGGGAUGUGUUUAGGAUCAAACGCAAGCAGAUUUCUGCGGCAAGAGCCACGGACGACAAGAGGAACGACUCGGCUAACGAAGAAGCCUCCACGGCAAGGGAGCUUCUGGACACCACCAGUCUCUAAAAAGCCUCGCAAAAAUGGAGGGAAGGUGGGCACCGGUUGGAGACAAACAGUUUGUUUGUCUGGUAAGCAAGAGUUCACAGAGAAAACCACGUCAAAGACGGGACAUCAAAUACAGACUCUUUAUUUUAUAUUUGAAUUCUGCCAAUAGUUCCCUUUCAACUAAAUCUUACUCACUGAAGCUUUUAAAGUUUUGAAAAGUGUUCAUUGGGUGUUUUUGUCAAAAUGCCCUUGUAGGCUCAAAGGUUCACUGAGUUAAAGAUGCAGAUUAUUUUCAACAUUCGUUCCCAGGAUGCAUAUCUGUUUACCCACCUACUUUACAUAUGAGAAUAUGUUUCUGCUGAGAAAUGAAGACUUAAUCUUAAAGAGUUGUUAUUUGCAGCCUUCAUUACUAAACAAUAUCUUAGCGAUGCUGGGCUUAUCGUUGGUAAGACAACAUGACAAUAUCCACUGCUAGACAUUUACCUGCAAUUCAGUGUGCAACAGCAAGUAUAAGCAACUUCUUUAAAUCAACAAAUUGUGAAACAGGCCAAUGAUAAUUUACCUUCACAGAGAAAGUGGAUACAUGAAUCAAAAUCAAUAGCAUAAGGUUGACACGGCAAUGACAGCACUGAUAUAAGUGAUGAGUGGUAUUUAUAAUAAAUGCAGCUACAUGGAUUUCAUAAAAAACUAAAUGCUUCAGUUUUUCUCUUUUAAAAAAAUAGAGCCAAAUCCUAUGUGACAUGGUUUUUUUUACCCUCAUUGACGAUAUACAAAUACAAAUACUGCAUUACUACCCAGCAUACUAAUUUAAUUCCCAUGAAUAAAUUGAAAUAAAACAAUGCUGUACAAUCUUUAACAUAUAUUGAACAAAAGUUAAUAAAAAAAGUUGUAUUUUAAUAACAGGGUUUGAUAAUUGAACAGGAAAAAGAGGAAAUAUAUUGUUCUCACAGAGUAGUAACUGUAUAAAAUGCUUGAUAAUUUCGGAGAAAUUAUGG